AUGGAAAGUUAGCCAGAAAUAGCAUCUCUGUAUUUGAAAUUCGAAUUGCCUUUUAUAGGCGAUUACAAAUGGUAACUGCCGAACAUAAUAAUGACUAAAUUAAUUACAACAUUAAUACAGAAUUAAACACAUAAUUAAGUCGCGCAUUAAUUGUUGGCCGUUACUCUUCUUGGCUGGCAGGUCAGCCUGGCUGGCAGGCUGGACGCUUGAGCUCCCUCCUGCUGGACUGGAUGGUGGGCUUCCCGCUAGACUGGAGGAAGACUUCUGACCGGGCUGGAGGCAGGCUCCCGGGUAGGCUGGAAGGCAGGCUCCCGGGUAGGCUGGACCGCAGGCUUCCAGUUGGGCUGGACCGCAGGCUCCCAGCUGGGCUGGUGGUCGGCAGGCUCCUGGCUAGGCUGGAAGGUAGGCUCCCCACUGGGCUGGAAGGCAGGCUCCCGGGUAGGCUGGACCGCAGGCUCCCAGUUGGGCUGGACCGCAGGCUCCCAGCUGGGCUGGUGGUCGGCAGGCUCCUGGCUAGGCUGGAAGGCGGGCUCCCCACUGGGCUGGAAGGCAGGCUCCCGGGUAGGCUGGACCGCAGGCUCCCAGUUGGGCUGGACCGCAGGCUCCCAGCUGGGCUGGUGGUCGGCAGGCUCCUGGCUAGGCUGGAAGGCGGGCUCCCGGGUAGGCUGGACCGCAGGCUCCCAGUUGGGCUGGACCGCAUGCUCCCAGCUGGGCUGGUGGUCGGCAGGCUCCUGGCUAAGCUGGAAGGCGGGCUCCCCACUGGGCUGGAAGACAGGCUCCCGGGUAGGCUGGACCGCAGGCUCCCUGAUUUCCCUGGUUGGUUGGGCUGACUCGAGCUCUGGGUUGCUGGGCUUGGGCCCGCUGGUCCAAGUUCGGGGCCUGGGCCGAUUAGGCUCUGGGCCUAGUCCCAUAACCCCAUCACGAGUCCCCCACUCCCUUAGUCGAGUAGUAGACUCGACUAAGAGGGAGUAGUUUAAGUCAGCUGCCGAUUUAAAAAUAUUCACAUAUCAGGGAGCCAUAAUUGUGGAUUAUGGGAAUCCCAGAAUUUAUGGAAAUUCCCAAAUUAAAUCAGGCUCCCAAAAAAGGCUCCAAAUAAAUUCCUUCCUUUUCUUUUCUUUCCUUUUCUUUUCUUUCCUUUUUUUUUCUUUUCCUUUCUUUUCUUUUCUUCCUUUCUUUUCUUUUCUUUCCUUUUCUUUUUCUUUCCUUUCUUUUCUUUUUCCUCUCUCUCCUGGAACCGCGUGCGUGCGUCUUCCUCGCGUAGCCCCUGCGCAGCACAGCAGUCGGAAAUCCAGCUCCCCUGCGCAGCACAGCAGUCGGAAAUCCAGCAUGCCUCAACCCCCAAAUCGCAGACCGAUUCUUCAGCGGCAGGGCGUCGCCGGGUGAAUCUCCAGGCUGACGGUCGUUCAGCGGCAAGGUGUCGCCGGGUUGAACCUUCGGC